CCUAUUUACAACUUCUCUAAACUUCUUUGCUCCCAGCAUCCAUUGUAUGCUCCUCUUCUCCUUGUACAUAUUAUUCCUCUCUCUUUCCCCAUAAUACACACACACACACACACACACACAUCAAUCAACAAAUCCAACCCCGAUUGACCUCCCACCCAACCGCAACCAUGUACCACCACCCCGUGCGCCUCGCCCGCCCAACCCUCCUCCGCCGCGUAACAACAACAGCAACAACAAGAGCACCACCACCCCGACACCAAACACGCCACUUCCACCCCACACGACCAGCUCCCUUCCUGGCCGAAAUCAUGGACUCCUCCUGGCUGAUUCACGGCGUCCACAACCUCUCCGGCCUACCGUGGGCCUACACCAUCCCGCUGACGGCGCUCAUCGUGCGAACCUUCAUCGCCCUCCCAAUCCAAAUCUACACGAAGCUCCAAGGGCGCCGCGAGCGAGCCGCGCAACCCCUCCUCGCCUGCUGGCAGAACUACUACCGCUCGAGCAUCAGCGCGAAGCGGGAGCAGCAGCAGCAGCAGCAGCAGCAGCAGCAGCAACAACUUCAAAGUAUGCAAGAAUCAAGCGGGCGCCGCCAACCCUCGGUGCGGACGGAGACGGCGGUCGCGGUCGCGCGCCAACGCAAGGCGAUGUUCCGCCGGCUGGGGAUCAGCCGGUACUGGAAGGGGAUGUUCCUGCUGCCGAUACCGGCGUGGCUGUCGGUGAUGGAGACGAUCCGGGCGAUGGCGGGGUGCGAGAGCGGGCUCCUGGCCUGGCUGCUGCGGCUGGUCGGGUCGGACACGGCGAAUCGCGUCCCCGUCGAGCCCACGCUCGCGGCCGAGGGCGCGCUCUGGUUCCCCGACCUCCUGGCCGGGGACACCACGGGGGUGCUGCCCGCCGUGCUCACCGCGUCCAUCCUCCUCAACAUCCACAUCGGGUGGAAGGUGCCCCGGCUGGCGGAGCUGGCGGACCUGCCGCGCGCGCAGCUGCCCAAACACCUGUCCCUCCGCGCGCUCCGCACCUUCAUCCAGAUCAUGGCGCUGAACGUCGGGCUGUCGACGUAUCUCUACGAGACGCCCGCGGCGCUGCUGCUGUAUUGGGCCACGAGCAGCAACAUCGCGACGCUGCAGAAUCGGGCGCUGGAUCGCAUGAUGGGGCUGGAUGAUGCAGCGAAGAAGGAGCCGUCGAUGGGGAGCAAGGGGAUGCUUAUGCUGUACAGGACCCCGGUGAGGCAGGUGGAGGGAGCCCAGAAGCAGGCUGGUGUUGUGGGGUGAAGAAGGCGCGGGGCUGUAUGCCCUCAAAAUCUGAGAGUUCCUUCACCUGGUUUUUUUUACCCAUCUUAUCGGCAAGAGUCGCCCGCCGUUAUAACCCCUUGCAUAGGGAUGAAAUACUCAUUUCAGCCGGUGGGAAUAGCUCGACGGUACU